AGCAACAUCAACAGGUUACUUUCAACCUCCCCAAAACAAUGCAAGAAAUCACAGAUAAAUAUCGCCCUGAGCGCGAUGUGAAAUCGUUUAAAAGAAACACAGACAUUAACAGAGAAGAAACUUCUGAAGCGAGGUUGCGUCAAAUCAUCGAAAAUGAUACAAUUGACGCCAAGUACGGCUUUGAAAGAGUCCGGGAUCACGUAGAGAGGACGGGGUUUUUGCUAAAUAUGCAUGGGAGCGAAAUCUUGGAUGAAGAUAAACGGUUAGUGGCCGCCGUUGAUUUCUAUUUUAUGGAAGAGGACGGGACCCGUUUUAAAGUGUCGUAUUGCUACAUGCCGUAUUUUUAUAUUUUAACGAAAAGGGAGCUGAUACAAGAGGUGUCUCAGUUUUUGUCUAAAAAGUUCUCAGGCACGAUUGGGAAAAUUGAAACUGUGACUAAGGAAGAUUUAGAUUUGCCAAAUCAUUUAAUUGGACUGAAGCAAAAGUACAUCAAAUUGUCAUUCUGCAACCAAACUGAUUUGAUUAAAGUCAGAAAAGAAAUUUUAAAAGUUGUAAGAAAAAAUAAAGAGAGGCAAAAUGCAAACACAUUUUACACAGAACUGUUGACUGACAUUCUAACAGAUAAAGGUGAUGUGGCCGCCACUAAAGCAAACACUGACCAAAUGGAAAACAUCUUAGACAUACGAGAAUAUGAUGUUCCUUACCAUGUACGUGUCUCCAUUGACUUAAAAAUCUUCUGUGGCUCAUGGUACAGUAUCAAAUGUAAAGCGACAAGUACUGAUCCCCCCAGCAUCAUCCUGAGAAGCGACUUAAUUGAACGCCCUGAACCCAUUGUUCUAGCGUUUGAUAUAGAAACCACAAAACUGCCUCUAAAAUUCCCCGACGCCAACACAGACCAAAUUAUGAUGAUUUCAUACAUGAUAGAUGGCCAGGGCUUCUUAAUAACAAAUCGAGAGAUUUUAUCUGCGGACAUUGAGGACUUUGAAUACACCCCAAAGCCGGAAUUUGAGGGAAAAUUCACCAUUUUUAACGAACCCAACGAAAUGGCGCUCAUCCAGAAGUUUUUUGACCACAUAAUGGACGUGCGCCCCCACGUUUUUGUAACUUACAACGGCGAUUUUUUCGAUUGGCCGUUUGUGGAAACGCGAGCCGCUGUUUAUGAUUUAGAUAUGAAACAAGAGAUUGGCUUUUCGAAAAAAAACGACGUCUACUCGUGCCGGCCUGCCACCCACAUGGACUGUCUUUGUUGGGUGAAAAGAGACUCCUACUUACCUGUGGGUUCUCAAAAUUUAAAAGCCGUGGCAAAAGCGAAACUACGUUAUGACCCCGUCGAAUUAGACCCUGAAGAAAUGUGCCCCCUGGCUGUCUCUCAGCCUCAAGUCCUCUCCAACUACUCGGUUUCUGAUGCCGUUGCCACCUACUACCUCUACAUGCAAUACGUGCACCCCUUCAUCUUCGCCCUGUGUACCAUCAUCCCUUGCGAGCCCGACGAAGUCUUGCGCAAAGGCUCCGGCACCUUGUGCGAGUCCCUGCUCAUGGUGGAAGCCUACCACUGCAACAUAAUCUUCCCCAACAAGGAAGAAACCAUCCUCAAUAAAAUGACAGACGACGGGCACGUCCUCCACCAGGAGACUUACGUCGGAGGCCACGUGGAAGCCCUCGAAUCGGGAGUCUUCCGCGCGGACAUACCCUGCAGGUUCCGUCUUGAAGUCGACGCCUUAAACAAACUAAUCGAGCAAGUGCCGAGAACUCUCGCACACGCCAUCGAAGUGGAAGAGGGCGUACCGUUAUCCGACGUCACCAACCUGGAGGACGUGACCAACGAAAUCGUCGGGCAGUUAACGGCGUUGAAGGAACAACCAAUGCGAUUGGAGCGACCGUUGAUCUACCACUUGGACGUAGGGGCGAUGUACCCUAACAUCAUCCUCACGAACCGGCUACAGCCGUGCGCCAUGGUGGACGAAACCAUCUGCGCGGCUUGCGACUUUAACAAACCUGGGGCGCGCUGCCAGCGGAACAUGGCGUGGAUGUGGAGAGCGGAGUUCAUGCCGGCGAGCAGGAACGAGUACCACAGGAUUCAGCAGCAGCUAGAGACGGAGAAGUUCCCGUCGCAGUACCCCGGAGGGCCACCAAGGGCUUUUCACCAGCUGUCGAAGCAGGAUCAGGCCGAUUUGGAGAAGAAGAGACUGAAUGUGUAUUGCCGGAAGGUGUACAAGAAGCUCAGGGUGACGAGGGUGGAGGAGCGCACCACGACGAUUUGUCAGAAGGAGAACUCUUUCUAUGUGGACACGGUACGAGCGUUCCGAGACCGAAGGUACGAGUACAAGGGGUUGUCGAAAAAAGCGAAACAAGCAGUAACUGCCGCCAUUAGAGGCGGGGACGCUUCAGAAAUUAAGUCGGCGAAGAACAGAGAAGUGCUGUACGAUUCGCUCCAGUUGGCACACAAGUGUAUCUUGAAUUCGUUCUAUGGAUAUGUAAUGAGAAGAGGGGCCCGCUGGCACAGCAUGGAAAUGGCCGGCAUCGUGUGCUACACCGGCGCCAACAUCAUCAUGCGGGCUCGCGAGAUCAUUGAGCGCGUUGGCCGCCCCCUCGAACUCGACACCGACGGCAUCUGGUGCAUCCUCCCGGCGUCGUUUCCCGAGAACUUCACCGUCCGCACCAACCACGAGAAAAAAUCCAAGCUCGUCAUCUCGUACCCGAACGCCGUGCUCAACGCCAUGGUCAAAGAGCACUUCACCAACGACCAGUACCACGAACUCGUCGACGCCGACACCCUCGCGUACGAGGAGCGCAGCGAAAACUCCAUCUUCUUCGAAGUGGACGGCCCGUACAAGGCCAUGGUGCUGCCGGCGUCGAAGGAAGAGGGCAAAAAACUGAAGAAGCGGUACGCGGUGUUCAACUUCGACGGCUCUUUGGCCGAGUUGAAGGGCUUCGAGGUGAAGCGCAGAGGCGAGUUGCAGCUGAUCAAGAACUUCCAGUCGUCGGUUUUCGAGGCCUUCCUCAAAGGGGACACCCUGGAGUCGUGCUACGCGGCGGUGGCCCAAGUCGCCGAUUACUGGCUGGACGUGCUGUUCUCGCGCGGACGCAACAUGCCCGACUCGGAGCUGUUCGACUUGAUUUCGGAGAAUCGGUCCAUGUCGAAGAAGCUCGAGGAGUACGGGGGACAGAAAAGUACGUCGAUUAGCACCGCCAAGCGGUUGGCGGAGUUCCUGGGCGACCAGAUGGUGAAGGAUGCGGGGUUGGCGUGCAAGUAUGUCAUUUCGAGGAAGCCCGAGGGGGCGCCGGUCACGGAACGGGCAAUUCCAUUGGCGAUCUUCCAGUCCGACGAGACCGUCCAGCGGCACUACCUCCGAAAGUGGCUUAAAGACUCCUCUUUGACCGAAAUCGACAUCCGCGACAUCCUCGACUGGAACUACUACAUCGAACGCCUAGGUGGCGCCAUCCAAAAAAUCAUCACGAUCCCGGCGGCCAUGCAAGGAGUACCAAAUCCGGUACCCCGCGUGCGUCACCCCGACUGGCUGCACAAGAAGAUGCUUGAAAAGAACGACACCUUCAAGCAGCGCCGAAUCACGGACAUGUUCUCUGCUUGCCCCAAGCCGCUGGUACCCGACAUGGAAGACUUCGGCACGCGGGUACCACCAAGCGAGAAACGCCCCAUGGUGACCACCUCCAAGCGUAAACGCGGCUCGGACAACGAAAACUUCAGCGACGAAGACUUGAACAAGACGUGGCGCGAGGUCAUGGGGAAUCCCCCGUCGUACGGUACCACUAAAGAGCAGCGCGUCGCCUGGAUCGCCUUCCAGAAGCGCAAGUGGGUGUUCCAAGCACUACAACGCAACCAGGGUAACAAGAGUAAGAGGAAGGUGGGGAAUAGUGCGGCGGUGUUGAGGUCGACGGUUAGUGGUACUUUGGGAGGGUUCAUACAAAGGGCGCAAAAGACGCUGCUGACGGUUCCGUGGCAGGUAAUCCAGGUGGUAGCGACGAUGACUCAAGGGGAGUACAGGGUAUGGGCGUUGGUUCAGAACGAGUUGCACCAGGUCAAGUUGGUGGUACCGAGGAUCUUCUACGCGAACUUGAAGGAACCGAAAGCUGUGGAAGAGGGGGCACUGUUCAAGAAGUGUAACCGGACUUUGCCGAGGUCGCGGCCCGUGUUCAAUCUGUACAUGUAUUCGGUACCUGAAGAGGUCUUCCAGGAGCACGGACGGAAGUUGUAUUUGGACCAGACGGAUCCGCAUGUGGAGGGGGUAUAUGAGACGCAGGUCCCUCCUCUGUUUCGUACUUUCGUUAAAAUCGGGUGUAUUUGUAAAGUACUGCGGGGGGUCUCCAACAUAGACACGUUCUCGUUGGAGGAUGUGGAUAUGAAUACCACGCGACAACAAUACUUGGCAAAGGAUUCCAUUCGAAGGUUGUAUUUGUACAAUCACAGGCACCCCACGAAACCCCAACAGAUGUUUGGGUUGUUUUUGAGCCCUUUGAAGAAGGCGAUCGUUGUGGUUGUGGAUUCGGUAAAGACGAAUUUGAUGCCGAACAUGAACAAAUUGUAUCAGACGGAAAGGUUGGCAAAAAAAGAAUCCGGCACCGAGGAAGACUCCCUUCCUCCCGACGCAGUCACAUUCGAAGUCCGUGUCGAAACCGACCUCCCCCACGUCUACAAAACCCUCCAGAAAGCCCUCCAACUUUACAAAGACGAAAAGAAAGGCCCCACUUACCUCGCCAUUCAAUCCACCACCGAAAUCUCCACCCUACGCUCCGGCAUCCCGCUCAUAACCGAGUUCCCCCAAGUCCAAGUCCACAUCCAAGACGUAGAAGAACUCUACAACGUGAUGGACUGGCAAAAAAUUGGCGCCCGAGCCCUCGUCCGCCACUACCUGAACAGCGAGAAAGUCCUCGACCUCAUGACCGAGCAGAGCCGCUACUUCCACCUGCCUCUCGGAAACAUGCCCGCGGAUCCCGCCCUCUUCGGCGCCGACCUCUUCUACGCGCGUCACCUCUCGAGACACAACCACGUCUUGUGGUGUUCCCCCACCGACAAACCCGACUUGGGGGGCGUCCAAGAAAACGACUCCCGCUUGUUGGCGGAGAACCAAGAGGGCUCGAGCGAGGUGUGCAACGUCCCCGGGUGGUACUCCAGCGUGUGCGUGGAGCUGGACGUCGACAGUCUCGCCAUCAACACGUUGCUGCAGUCGCACCACGUGACCGACAUCGAAGGCACCAGCGCCAUAACGGCGUUCGACGCCGCCGCCAUGACGUCAGUCGAGGACCUAGUGGGCGAUAACUCGUCGGUGACGACGUACGAUGAGACGGCGCGGUGCGCCGAAGCGUUCAAGAUUUUGCGCACGAUGGCGAGCACCUGGAUGAGGGAUAUCUCGUUGUACAGAAACGUGUUCGCCGAUUUUCAAGUCAUACACUUCUACAGGUGGCUGAGGUCGCCGAAGGCGCUGUUGUACGAUCCGGCGCUGCUGAGGACGUUGCAGAAUUUAAUGAAGAAGUUGUUCUUGCAGCUGGUAGCAGAGUUUAAGCGGUUGGGUUGUACGAUCGUUUAUGCGAAUUUUAAUAAGAUCGUUAUUUGCUCGAAGAAGAAGAGCGUGGAAGAUGCGAUAGCGAAUGUGGAGUUCGUCGUGACGUCGAUCAGGAAUAAGGAGUUGUUUCAUUCGUUGGAGAUUACGUAUAGGCAGUGCUGGGAGCAUUUGGUGUGGCUGGACACGGCGAAUUUUGGAGGGAUUCAGGGGAAGCUGCCGGAGAGUUUGCAGAAUGAAGUGGAUGAGGGACAGAAUGAAGAGGAAGAUGAUGAGGAGGAGAAAGAUGAUGGCCCAACAGUGGUGAUGAACUGGAACUUGGCGGAGCGCCUGCCCGAGAAUGGGGGUUGCCGCAACAACUUCAGCGCUGUGAUUGCUGGAUACAUUAAUGCAGUCUACACAAAAAUGAAGGAAAAAGAAAACACCACGAUCGCGAGGGCCGUUUUAAGCCAGCCGUCUUUGGGUUUAGGUGCUGACGAAGACGUCGUCGAAUAUGCGAAAGAAAUUUUAUCUGGAGAGAUCAGUCAAAAGCUGUUUCAGAUCACAGAAAGAAUUAACAACCGUUUGAAGCCCCUCCCAGGCGGCUCAAACCCCGCCCUCGAAUUCGUCAAGGCCAUUUGUCAGGUUUUAGGGUUGGAUUCGGCCAUCAGAGACACUGUAGAUCAUUUGAAGAGCAAUUUGUUGCGUUUGAUUGGUAUUGGCGAGUUUUCGGAAAAAGCCGACUGGAGAGACUACUCUGUCUCUUACGUCAUACCACAAGUCAUCUGCAAGGCUUGCAACCACUGCAGAGACAUAGAUUUAGGAAGAGAUCAGUACCGAUCGGACUCAGCUUGGUUGUGCCCCCUGUGUAAUUCCCCGUACGAUAACGCCGAAAUGGAGCUGUUCUUGCUUGACACGAUUAACAGGAAAUUCCUAGCGUACAACCUUCAGGACUUACAGUGUAAAAAAUGCGCCCAAAUCAAAAUGGAGAAUCUUAUAACGCGGUGCCAAUGCGCGGGCGAAUUCAAAUGUCUGAUUUCCAAAAGUGAUUUAGUGAAAUUGAUUGAAACGUUCCAGUCUCUGGCGGAGACUUUCAGUAUGUUAGCUUUAAGCGAAACCACGAACCAAAUCCUAAACUUGAUUCAAUAAACGUUCUUACUUUAAA